CAAGGUCCAACGAUAUUAAAGAGCGUCUGUUUAGCAUACCAUAUACAGUUGGAUAUAUACACACACGCCGACACUUUGAAGUUGGAUGCGAUAUGGCUUCGAGGCGUGUGACGCUCGGUGUUGCUGUUGUAUUAAUGACAUUGGCACAAGCGCUGUGCCAGAACUGCCCGUAUGGCUGGUACCCGCAGUCCCAAUGGUGCUUCUACUUCACCCAGAACUCUGCUACCACCCUAUGGGAGAACGCCAGACUCAAAUGCCAAGCCUUCGGAGGGGACCUUGCCCAAAUCACAAGCACAGCCCAAUUGCACUUCUUCAAUGCCACCAUGCACAAACUGAGUGCAAGGAGUCACGGCCAUUACACACACUGGUGGAUCGGCCUGAACAGAAAGGGCGAUGGUUCCACGUGGACAUGGGCGGACGGCAGCAACGCCCAAAUGGGUAUCUUGCCGUGGGCGAAUAAGUCGUACGUUCACGACAAGACAAAGGCAUGUGUCAAUAUGCAUCUGUACCAGAUGGAAGUCGACUCCUGUACCAGUGCGUCAUACCAGUCCAUAUGCCAACGCCCAAGAGGUUUGCCCAUAAAGUGCGAUACUAAUCACGGUUGGAUAAGUAGCGAAGGAAAGUGCUACAAAUAUUUCAACACAGGGCGCACCUGGAACGACGCAAGUUCCUCGUGCGAUAAGCUGGGCGCUACCCUGCCGAUUAUAAAUGAUCUGACAUCACAGACGAUCAAUGCUGAAUUUGCCCGAUUCGCCCAUGGGAAUUUAUGGACAGGACUGAGGUCACAAAGUAAGGGCAACAGUUUCGCCUGGGUGUGGCAAGAUGGGACGACACUGGCUGGCAACCCCUACUGGAGACCUUCUCAACCACCAGCCAAAUUCAAUGCGAACAACACGUGCGUGGAACUAACCAACAACCAGCUGCCAUCCACGUGGGUGGCGGCCUCGUGUGGCGCCAAGAACAAAUACUACUGUCAACGACCUGAAGGGACAUGUGCGGACGGCUGGCUGGAGUACGGGACAGAGUGCUACCUGUUCAACCCCCACUACUCUUUGUCGUGGCCGUCAGCUAGCACCUACUGCAAGGGACUCGGCGGAAACCUUGCCUCCUUACAAACCAAAGGCAUCCAGGCCUUCAUCAACCAGUAUCUUUCAACCCAAAACGCAGUCGGAGUCACUGAAUUGUGGAUCGGGUUGACUGACAAUAACAAAGACGGUGGACCGUGGGUGUUCACUAACGGAGCUGAAGUGGGAACAAAUUCCUUUAAGAACUGGAACAGUGCCAAGCCUUCCAACAGCAAAGGACACCAGGAUUGUGGCUACAUCGUUACAAGCGACAGAAAUGGAAAAUGGCACGUGUCGUCUGACUGUACGCACGUGAGAUCCUUUAUCUGUCAGAUACCUACAGAUACACCAGUAAAGCAAAUCACACAUCCGCCAAAUUCGUUCAGCUGCCCCAGACACUGGGUAAACCAUGGCCAGUAUUGCUACUACUUCAACGAGCAGGACAUGACAUACGCUUCAGCCUCGGACUGGUGUAUCAGCAAGUCUGGACAGAGCAACUGCAACCUUGUCAAGAUUCCAGACUCCAGGACUCAAGGGUUUAUCUCAAGCAAGGUACAACAUCACGGUGACUACUGGAUCGGUCUGAACGAUCAGACAACGGAGGGAUGGUGGCAAUGGCAGGGCGACACACACAACGCUACCUACACUCAAUGGAUAAAGGGUCAACCAGACAACCUUCAGAAGGGCAACGAGAACUGCGUCGUAAUGUAUGCCACCAAAACACCCGAACAGAACGGUCUUUGGCAUGACUUUUCCUGCAGCGCCAAGUUCAACUUCAUAUGCCAGGCGAAAGCAGUAAAUGCCUACGUGUCCCCGCCUCCGACUACCCCAAAACCAUGGUCAACCAAAUGCGGCGCAUUCUGGGAAUCGGACCCCAGCACGCCUUAUUGCUACCAGUUUAGUGACCAACAACUCACUUGGUAUGACGCCGAUUCCACGUGCAAGGCACAUGGUGGACGCUUGGCCAGCAUCGAGGCGAGCGAGGAGUCCUACUUCAUUACAGGGAGAAUCAGAGGAAAGCUGUCCGCAGAUUACUGGAUAGGCGCCAAUGACCUUGGCACUGAGGGCGGGUGGAGAUGGGCGGACAACAAACCGUUUGGCUAUCUGAACUGGAAUGCAGGUGAACCCAACAACUACGGCAACAAUGAGGACUGUGCAGCCGUGUUGUCCAGCACCGGUCGUUGGCAUGACACCGUCUGUACGGAGAGAAGAGGGUACAUUUGUAAAAAAUCAGUGUAUUAUCAGUGCGAUAUCGGGUGGAUGGAAUUUGAACACAACUGUUACAAGUUUAACAAGGCCAAAAACACCUGGCAGAGUGCCCGUAACUGGUGCAAACAUCAACAUGGAGACUUGGUCAAGAUCUCCAACACAGACACGCUUGGUUUUAUAAACGAUCACAUCGACACCUCUGCGGACUGGUGGAUUGGCUUGAACGACCUAAAACAAGAGGGCGGAUUUGUGUGGCUUGAUGACAAGGCUCCCAGUGGGGUCAUUCAGUGGAAACCAGGCGAGCCCAACCAGAAAGGCAACGAGGACUGUGUGGCGAUGUUGAUGACAUAUGGGGCCGCGCUGUACGGCAAAUACAACGACUACGCUUGCAGCUCGAAAUUGAACUACGUCUGUGCCAAGCCAGGGAGUAAGAUUGGUGCGACAUCGCUACCUCAGACAACAUCCCCCAAGUCUGUUCCAGCUGGCUACUCGUACCACUGUCCCCAGAAUUGGCAAAAUUAUCGGGGUUCCUGCUAUUAUUUCGCCCGGCACACAGGUUCGUGGAGCAACUCAGUCACUCAGUGCGGAUACCAGGGAGCUAAACUCGCCAGCAUCAUUGACGAUGGUGAAAAUAAGAUGGUCUACAGUAUAAUCCCAAAGAGUUUAGCCAAUCACGGCCAUUUCGUAUGGAUAGGCCUGAAUGAUCAGGCUAUAGAGAUGAAAUUCGUCUGGCAGGACGGCCAGCCGGUGUCAUAUACACACUGGGCCCGGAACGAACCCAACAACUGGAUGGGACAUGACGAGGACUGUGUUGCCAUGUCAGCCGACCACCCCUAUUGGCAAGACCGUGUUUGCAGCCAGUCACUGAGUGGUGCCGUGUGCAAAAAGCCAAUGACCAUCAUACCAAAAUCCCAGCUGGAGUUGGGCACUGGUUGCCAAGGAGCUCAAAUGGGCUACCACGCUACAUGCUACGACUUCCAGUGGUCGUCGAAGACGUGGCGGGAUGCCGAGAAGGCGUGUAGAGCUAACAAUGGACACCUCGCCACCAUCACUGGAAGUCAUGUUCAAGCCUUCCUUGGCGCUGAGAUGUUAAACAAACCAACGGCGUUCUGGGUUGGAUUGAAUGACCACCAGAACCCUGGAACGUACCAAUGGUCAAGCGGUCAGGUCCUUGAUUUCACUGCCUGGUACGAGACUCACACCGGCAACGAGAGAAAAACGUGUGUUGCUAUCCGAACCGGGCACCCUGCCGGCCUAUGGGAGAACCACAACUGCACCGAUCACCGACCCUACAUCUGCGAGUACCCCCGGACAGGCUACACCACCCUCCCGACCCAGCCUCCCACCACGCCCAGCCCCCUACCAUGCCCCAAGUACUGGCAUGGCUACAAUGAUCUCUGCUAUAGGUUCUACGGGGGGAAAGCGUUUACGCUCCAGACGUGGACGGAGGCCAGAGACCUCUGCCAAGGCUUCGGGGGCGACCUCGUCAGCAUCUACAAUUCAACUCUCGAGAGUUUCAUCCAAACAAUAGUACGGAACGGAACUAGAUCUUUCUGGAUAGGGCUGAACGACCGGGAUAUUGAGGAUGGGUACCAGUGGACGGACGGGACCCCAUUCGCAUACAGCAAUUGGGCAAAGGGGGAACCGAACAACUUGAACGCCCAAGAGGACUGCGUCGAAUACAACUUUGUCUCCAACUCCUGGAACGACUUCUACUGCUACACGGCUAAACACUUCAUGUGCCAGCUGCCAAGAGGUAUCCAGAUAACGACGACCCCCACACCACCGGCAGCAUCAACAUCGACCCUGUGUAAGGGCAAUGGCACCUGGUAUUUCUACAACAACAGAUGUUAUAUGCUGAGCCCACGAAACGGGUCAGACGCCCAUAAAUCGUGGUUCGAAUCCCAGAGGUACUGUAUGGCUGCAGGAGGUGAUCUGGCCAGCAUCCAUAGUCCGGACGACAAUGGCUUGUUCACCUCUUUGAUAGCAAGGACAUUCCGAAGACAGCAGUACUGGAUCGGGUUAAACAAUCUGGAUAUGUCUGGCUACCAGUGGUCUGACGGGAGCCCUGUACAGUUCCUGGAUUGGCAAGUUCGUCAGCCUAAUGAUGGUCUCGGUGAGAAGAGAUGUGUCUACCUCGAUAAUCACUUUGGCACGUGGUAUGACCAGAACUGCAAUGACGUCAUGGGGUUUAUAUGUCAGAAGAAGACAUGGAACACAGCCCCCAUGACUCCAGCCCCGACAGCGGUUGUACAAGGAGGCUGCCCCCCAGGGUUCAAGACCGUCUUCAGCUCCCACAGAUGCUACAUGGUAUCAGGCACUGUGAAGGCGCAGCACCUCAACUGGACGAGCGCUAACGCAAAGUGCCAGUCAACGGCUCCGGGGGCCACCCUUGCCAUCGUGUCCACGAAACUGGAAAAUAGGUUCCUGACGACACUAUUACGGGGCAUAUCCGGUCAGGUAUGGAUCGGACUUAUGGACAGGGCGACGAACGGUCGCUACAUGUGGGUGGACAGUUCUGAGGUACUGUACACAGCCUGGGCCCCUGGCCAGCCGGAUGAAGAUAUCACCGAUGAUAAGAUAGAGCAUCGGCGGGACUGUGUGAUGGUGUGGACGCUGCCCAAGGGGAAGUUCCAGGCCGGCGGCUGGGACGACUACUUCUGCGAUGCCAAGAGGGCGUAUGCCUGCAGCGUACCUAAAAUACCAUCGUAUCCCAGCCCCACCCAGAACAAUGCGGGAUGCAGCAACGGCUAUAUAAACUACGGCCACAGCUGCUACAAGGGUUACACUAGCACCAAACAGUGGUCUGACGCUCAGCUGGCCUGCGUCGCAGAUGGAGGAAACCUGGUUUCCAUCAAUGAUGCUUUUGAGGCGUCCUUCGUAGACCUGAUGGUCGCGCGCCAAGGCCAGUCGUGGAUAGGAUUAAAUAAUCUUGAGGGUAACGGCCACUUCACAUGGACAGACAAAUACCCUGUCCAGUUAACCAGAUGGGCGUACAAGGAGCCAUCGACAUCCGACGGCGAGGGCUGUGUUGUUGAGAAGAGGAACUUCAGGUGGAACAACACCCUGUGUGCCAACCUCAACAAUUACAUCUGCGAGAUACACCUGGACAGCGGCCCGGUCACUACAGCGGCUAUCCAGGGUUUCUGUCCGGACUCCUCCUGGUCAGCAGGGGCAGACUACUGCUACAAGAUCAUGACCAACGUGACCAAGUCGUGGCCAGAGGCUCGGUACCUGUGUCAGAGGAUGGGGGCGGAGCUCGCCAGCAUCAGCAGCCAGGCGGUGAUGACGGAGGUGACCGGCAUCGCAGGACAAAGCGCUACAGAUAUAUGGAUAGGACUGUCAAAAACGGAAGAUGGGGGUUUCGUGUGGACAGACAGGAGCCCAGUCAGCUACCUACACUGGGCCCACAACGAGCCUUCGGACACCGACAAUGAAUGGCAUCAAGACUGUGUCAUCAUGAUGGCGUCGGGAGGGUGGCAGUGGAACGACCUCGAUUGCUUCACUCAGGCCGGCUACAUCUGCAAAAUAAUGAAAAGUACAUCGACAGUUGCGACCAAACUGGGGACCACCCAAAGUGGAGGCGUCACGCCGCAAAAUGCAUACACGCCUUAUCACAAUGGAAAAACUCCAUUCAACCCAAAUACGCCAUUCAACCCAGUCGUCACUCCUGCCGGCAACACCUUUCAACCAUCGUACACAGGAACUGCCACGCCUCACAACUCCAAGGUCAACCAAGUCUCCAACAGCAGCAGCAGCAGCAGUGGAAUGUCGGGGGGCGCUAUAGCGGGGAUCCUCAUCGGGGUCAUCGCCCUUAUCGUCCUCGUUGUCAUCGCGUUUUUGUUAGCCAGAAAGAAAUACAAGUUCCUGCCAAAUAUGCCAUCUCUGGGUUUUGAAAACGCCAUGUAUGACAGGGACAAGGAAGAAGUGUCAAUGUCCUCUAAAAACCCUGGCUCUGGACUGUUUGGUGCAGAAGAAGACUGUUGAUGACAAUAUAACUGUAAAUCCUAUUGACAACACUUGCAGGAUGGUAGAUCCGAGCGCACACGUUAUGCGGCUGCAACGAUGCACUGUGUUAUGUUAAUAGUUACACUACAGUGUUGCUACAACGUGAUGAUAUAAACUGCCAGGGGAAAGAACUGUAAAACCAUGUUUAAUGGUGGCUAAAAAUGAAACAAACAAGAAAUGCUUAUUCGAUGGUGAUGUAUUUGAUGCGAGUAUCCUAGUUGUGUUUUGCAAUGUUUCUGUGACUGUUUUAAGCCUACUAACGUUUUGAUAACGUUUGUAUUUUUUUGUCAAUUCCAUUUUUCAAGUGUAUAGUUUCUUUUUCCCGGCAGUUUAGCUCAAACUGACAAAAUAACUCGUGCCAGUGAUAUCAUUUUGGGAUUUCCGAUGAGAAAGAUUAACGUAUUUCGCACAAGGAUUUAACGAGAGCUUCAAGCAAUCAGUGUCAUCUCAACAGGUAGAUUCAUUAUCUAACAUAAGAACUUUCAAAGAGUGUUGUUGGUGGUAAGUUUAUGAACAGAUUUUACGUGCGUUUCAAACGAUAACUGUUGUUAUGCACAGGUUCAUGUACUUACCCCAACGCAGAACUUUGAGAGAUGGUUAUUUUAUGUUGGUAGUUACAGAAGGGAGAGCUAUACAGUUCUUUAAGCAAUUACUCUUGUCACUCCAUAUUAGUUCAUUAAUCUUACAUCAUAACUUUGAAAGGUCGUAGUAUAGAGUUAGGUUAUUGUAGAAAGGGAUUUAACGAGCGCUUCUCACUUCUCUCAUUGUACCAUGUGGGGUCAUUUGUCGCUGUCUUAUCGUAGUGAGUGAGUGAGUUGGGUUUUAACGCCGCUUUUAACAGUAUUCCAGUUAUAUCGCGGCGUGUCAGCUUAAUGUGGGGGGAAAACCCGAAGUGAUGCAGGUCUCAGACGUUUACCACUUCGGUGAAUGCCUUAUCGUAACAGCAAUGUCUUAGUUUUGCACGAUGUGUCCAUGCUUUUUGAGGACAUGAAUUGAGAUUAUUAUGUUCCUGACCGAAAUAAUCAGCGCAAUUAUGAAUAAUAAUCAUAUUUGUAAUCAUGUUCGUACAUAUCAUAUACCACAUCAUUUUGCAAUGUCGCUAUGUAUUAGAAACUUUGAUAAAUGAAUAUUUAUAUUACAGUUUGUUUUUCAUGCUAUUUGCGUUUCCUUAU